AUGGCUGCUCUUCUUGCUGUCGGUAUCGGGCUUGGCGCAGAAAAGCUUGGUCGGAAGAUUUCAGACAAAAGACUUGAGAGGAAAGAGAAGAAGAACAUUGCUGAAUAUGAGGCACGUUAUGGAGUGGUCGAGUCGUCAUCAUCAUCCUCCGCCUACGCUACACGAGAAAAGCAAAGCCGCGUUGAGAAGAAACAGGAGGAAGCACAGCGUGAACUUCGAGCAGCACGACAGGAUGUCCAGGAAGUACCUGAACAUGUCAGUUGGCGGCAUAGUGUAGGUGAAUGUAGAUUUAGUGAGGAAGCACCGCCACCGAGUUCAGUGUUUUGUCCGGAUAUACGGCUUGAAUAUUCCCAGAACGGCGUUGGACUGCCUACGCGAACGUCUGGAAAAGAUCGGAGAGUACUAAACAAAGACUUGGAGCCGCAUUGGGUCGAGGUCAUGCGAGUCGGCCCUUGUCGUCUAGACCUGCCUCGAGUCUCAACUUCAUCUGUGAUAUGCAACUUCUCGACGUACAGGCGCAUGGUUCGGCCAUUGACCACCAACAAGGCCAAUAUCAACCCAAUCUCGAAUGGUCCCAAGGCCACCCGUUACCAGGAGAGAUGGGACCCGCAUCUUCCCAACAUCCAGGUUUAUAGCCGCAAAGAAAUCUCACGAUGUUGCUCACGCGCAUGGGCACUGACCACGCCGCUGCUUCCGUCCCUGGACGUGCGGUACGUCACUGUGCAAACGCUCUGCGUCCCACCCACAAUAUAA